AUUCAUCAUAUUUUAGAUUGUCAAUUUACAGCAACAACAACCAACAACCAUCAAUUCAAUAUAAUAUAAGUUAGUCAAGUCAUUCAUUCCAAUGUCAACAACAUUUGUCAUACAUGUUGACCACCAUCAUCAUCAUCAUCAUCGAUGACCAAAAUGACAGCCAACCACUUUUGAGAAUUGAUUAUCAUCAUCAUCAUCAUCAUCGGUUAAUGUAACAGAACCCCGAUCAGCAGUAAAUACAAAAACAAAAUGAUCCGAUCGUAAAUUGUCGCUGUGGCUGAUUCGUUUGUUUGUUUGUUUGUUGCAAUUGUUUUAUUCAAAACGAUGAUGGCUACUUUAUGGAGAAUGUCAAUCAUUUCUGGGUGUAUAAUAAUAAUAAUAAUGAUUAUUGUGACAAUUAUUGAAUCACUAGAAUUGUCGCCAACCUCAGUCAAUCAACGAAAUGAAAACAAUGAUGAUGAUGGUGGUGGUGGCAAUAAUAAUCGUCGACGACGACUAGGACAAAUUUACUGUGAUUUAAAUCGAAUGUGUCUAUGCCAGAAUUAUACGGCCCAAUAUAUGGACGUGACCUGUGUUAAUGUUCCAUUCGAUUCUCUACCCGAUCUAAGUCGUAUGAUGAACAAUGAAUCGAAUACAUUUGGUCCACAUCUUUAUCGGGUUCGAAUUCAUGGUGCCCGUCAAUUAACACGCCUCAAUGAUCGGAAUUCGUUCGCCCGUCUAAUCACAUUAGCAUCGUUAUCGAUUACUAAUACUCGGCUUUCUUACGUCGAUGGCAAUGUAUUUCGUGAUUUGGCCAUAUCACGAACGUUGACCACGUUAGAUUUGUCGUAUGGGCAUCUGGUUGACAUACCGAUCGAAGCGCUUGAUCACCUAGAACAGCUACAAUGGUUAUCGCUCAAAGGCAAUCAAAUCGAAGUUAUAAAACAUAGGCCAUUACAUCGUUUACAAAAGUUACGAACGUUAUUGCUCAACGAAAAUCGCCUGUUUAUCAUCGAUGAUGGUUCAUUUUCUCAAUUAACCUCACUUGAACAAAUUGACUUUGCUUCUAAUAUGAUCGAACGAGUUGAAGGCAAUCCUUUCCCACCAUCGCUUCGUUCACUAUCCAUAUCAAACUGUUUGUUACGGAAAAUUCCAUUCGAUGCAAUCGAACCUUUAGCCAAAUUGGAAAUGUUACAACUGCAGGGCAAUCUAAUCGCCCAUCUUUCACCAUUCAAACUAUCGGUUCGGCGAAUUCAAUUAAUCGAUCUUAGUCACAAUCUGAUUGGUCAACUACCCGACAAUCUUUUUGCCAAUUUUCAAUCACCAAAUCGGAUUGCCGAUCAAAAUCUAAAACGAAAUGAGAAUAAUAGUACUCGAUUCACAACCGGCCAUUUAGGGAAAUAUUCCAGCUGGAACAAUGAUGUUGAUGACAGCCGAACGAACUUGAAUGAAUCCAUAGAUGUAGAUGAAGAGCUUCGAAUCGAACAGCUCUAUCUGGAUUUCAAUUUCAUUCAAUCACUUGGACCUGAUUUAUUUCGUUCGAUUCGAUUGGACAAGCUUUCCAUCUCGAAUAAUCGGUUAUCGAGCGCCGGUCUUUCACAUACGGCUACAUUUGAUGGGCCCACCGCUCGAUCAUUGAAAGUGUUAGAUGUUAAUUACAAUCUAAUCGACAAAUAUCCGAUCGCCUUCCGUGAAUUGAUCGGAUUGAGACAGCUUCUCAUGAAAAAUAACCGAAUUCAAACGAUCGAUCCGCCCGAUGCAUUUGGCGCUUCGUCUAAAACACUAGAAGUGCUUGAUCUUUCCCAAAAUCUUAUUGAACAAAUGCCUACAGCUGCUUUCAAUACGCUUCGAAAUCUAGUCAAACUAAAUCUACAUGACAAUGCUAUAAGCCGUUUGGAUAGUGAUGAUUUGGUUGGUUGGUGUGGCCCCCGUUUGAAAUCAUUGACAUUAUCGAAAAAUAACCUAGUUUAUUUAUCAGCCGAUGCUUUCCGUGCUUGUCGCCAAUUGAAUGAACUACGGCUUGGUGGAAAUCGUUUGCUUCAAAUUCAACCAGUUCAAUUAGCUCAAUAUAUGAAUCGAUUACAAUUUCUUGACCUUAGUUCAUUGGCCAACGUCGAUUGGACCGACACAAACACUAGCGAAACAAAAUUUUCUCAUGUCAAAUGGCUACAAUUUGAUUUCAAUGAAUUACGUUGGAUUCCUAGCCACUUGAUUCAUCUAUUUCCGGGUAUCAAACAUCUAGAUUUACAGAAUAAUCAUAUCGAUUCAAUAGCGGCAAAUCGACUUAGUGAAGCCAAACAUUUACAAUCGGUGAUUGUGAGUUAUAAUCACCUGACAAGAAUACAUCGAGAUUCAUUUGCUCGUCUAGCUAAACUGGAAAGUCUAACCCUUUAUUUCAAUCGAAUCGAACGUCUUGAUUCAGGAGCAUUCAAUGAGUUGCCUCGACUACAGUCACUGGUUUUAUCUCGCAAUCAAAUUAAUUACAUAGAACCGGGAACUUUUGUCAAUAUGGCUAAUGAAAGUAAUUCUUUGACAUUAUUGCUCGAUGGUAAUCGACUUGAAUGUUUGUCGAUCGAUCCAUUCCUUCAGAUACGGCAGCCCGCAGCAUUCUCCACUAACGAUGCUAACGACGACGACAACAAUGUCGGUGAUGGUGAUGAUGGAGACCAAUUUGCUCUCUAUUUGAAUGUAUCGAAUAAUCAAAUAAAAACUUUGGCAAAUUGUCAAAAUUCAGCCAUCACAACGACAAACAACAUCAACAGCAACAACAACAAAAAUUGGGCAAACACGGCUCAUCAUCAUCAUCAUCAUCAUCGUAAUCAACGCGAACAAACAUUGGCUGUACGUGUUCUCGAUUUAUCGGCCAAUCAAAUUGAACAAUUGAGGCCUCGUUUUCUCAAACAAUUUUGUGGCAAAACUUUGUCAAUGUUAGCUAAUCAUAACUUAAUUCGCCGCUUACCCCUACAUCUGUUCGGGGUCGGUUAUUGUGCUCAAUUACAGUCACUAUCGCUCAAUCAUAAUUACAUCGUCGACCUACAGCUCGAUCCCGAUGAUGAUGAUGGUGAUGAUGUUGAUGACGACAAUAAAACAUUGACAACAACAGUGGACAACAACAACAACAGUCGAAAAGCUUCAUUUGUCAUACAAACAUUGAGCUUACAGCAUAAUCUUAUCAAAGAUUUGGCUCGAUUUUAUCGGCUGUUUGUUCGUUGUUCGCGACUUAAAUCGCUACAUUUGAAUGACAAUCAGAUCCAAUGGAUACCGGCCAAUCUAUGGGAUCGCACGUCCAUCGUUACAUUAAAUCUGGCCAAUAAUCGACUCACGCUUGAUGAUGACAAAGGUCAAUCACCGAUCGAUCGAUGCUUUGGUAUCGGAACAACGCUCAAAUAUCUAGAUUUAUCUAAUAACCUGCUUCGUACACUACCGGAACGUAUUGUUUAUUGUGACAAUCUUAAUGAAUUAAUUUUGUCAAACAAUCAAAUUCAAUCGUUUGAUUAUGCUACUGCAAUUGGCACUUCGAAAGCUGCCCGUUUAAUCAGUCACCUGCAACGAUUAGAUCUGGAUCAUAACCCAUUGAAUAUCCAUGUGAACGGAAGAAAAACAUUCGAUUGGUUGAGCACGGAUUCUCCAUCGUUAUCUGUACUACGAUUAAGUCAUGUGAACAACAUGGCCACAUCAUUAGACGAACUAAAUCUUGGUGAAUUGAACCUUCCUUAUUUACAUACACUCGAUUUGAGUGGCAAUAAUAUUUCACAUAUAGCAAGCCGUCUACUGUCUCGUAGUCGUAAUGUUCGUCAAUUGAAUCUGGCCAUUAAUCAACUACGUGAAGUGCCGAAACAUAUCUGGAAAUAUGUGACCAGAUUACAAUGGCUUUCACUUCGUAACAAUCCAAUCGAUAUACUUGAUUCGCUUAGUUUUGCCGGUUUAAAAUAUCUUCGCCAUUUAGAUAUUCGUGGACUGAAUCUCCAAUACAUUGAUUCCAGAAUUUUCAUCUAUCAAAGUCAAAUAUUGUCGUUGAAAAUAAGUACAUAUCCACAGAUUCGUUCGUUUCGUUUACAAGAUAUUCUAUCUAAAUGUGAUUCACUUCAAACAAUUGUUGUUGAUGUUCGCGAACCAACACUUUCACAUCAAAUACAAUGGGCUUUUGGUGGUAAAUUACGAGAACUUGUUAUAACGGGCCAUAAUUUAGCCGUCAUAGUGCCGGAUGCAUUUCAAGGAUUGAACAAUGCUAAUGAUCUGAUUGUGAGAAUAACAAAUACAAGUGUUAGACAUUUACCUGAUUCAUUACUUCGAUAUUUGGCCGAUAUUCGUUACAUAACUAUCGAUCUGAGGGGCAAUCUUCUUCGUACGGUUAGUCCUUCAGUCUUUUUCACCAACAUUGAUAAUUAUCGACAUUCAUGGAAAACAUGGCAAUCACGGCAAUUAUUAGGUGGUAUCAUUCUUGAAAAUAAUCCACUUGUUUGUGAUUGCAACCUGCUUUGGAUCAGUCAAUGGAUGCGUGAAGUAUUCACCGAAAUGAAAAGCAUCAAUGUCGAAGCAGCUAUUCAUGCUAAAGCCAAAUUAUCGUUAAGUCGAUGUGCUAGGCCUUCAUGUUAUCACCAUCCUGAACGCCAACAACAACAAAGUAGCUCCAAAAAUGUUGUUUUAUCCAACAUUACAUCGAUAUCGUCUUCCGUAUCGAUUAUCGAUCUUCGUAAUGAAGACCUAUGUAAUCAAAAUUGUCAACAGGAAGCCAUGACAGUAUGGCAAAGGUCAUCUUCUUCUUCUUCGUCAUUUCAUCACUAUAUUAAUUCGAUUUUUGUCCUAUCAAUUACUUUUCGUGUGAUGUUCAUUGUUGCAAUCCACUAGAGAUUGAAUAUUAUAUGUGUAUCCCAAUAUCAUUAUUUAGAGUUUUUGA